AUGAGUUUCCCUGGGUCAGACGCCAGUACGACUACAAGAAUAAAGGAUAGCGGCGGCCACGAAGUGCCGUGCUUACAGCCCAUCGAUGUGGUGGAAUGCACUUAUGAGCACUUCAGCGACUCGCGGGACAAGCUGUCUCUGAGAUUGGGCGAUUUAGUCUACGUACUCAAUAAAGGCACUAAUGGCUGGUGGGAUGGUGUUCUCAUACGGCAUUGCGCCGACGAUAGCAGCCCCUUGAUGUUGGAUAGAGGCUGGUUCCCUUGUUCUUUCACACGCACUAUUCUACAUGACCCACGCAAGACCUUGUCUGCCGCUGGCGAGUUGGGAAGGUUUCAGUCCGACAUUGACGUAGAUCCCGAUUUGUCAGGUCAGUCGGUCUUAAUCCUAACUCUAGACGAGUUUCUGGAUUAUUGUAACGAUAUCGAAUUCCGAGGGCCACUGGUCUGGUGUCCCACCCCCACAUGCGAACACGGCCAGAAGGGUCACGAGUUAUUAUACUACAAUCAGGACUUGAACGUCUACUGCACCAAGCUACCGUGCUUACCGCAGGGCCCAGAACCUGCUUUGGGUUUACCUUCUUCUUCCUCCCCAAUAUCCGCUUCCAAAGAUACCCGUAAGAAAAUGCCCAUCAUGUGUGCCACCGAUUUGUUCUACCUUAAUGAUAAUGAUGCCCAGAAUUGGACAGACCUUACUCGUUCGAUACACUACUAUACUAAUCUAACAGAACUUGCCCUGCUGAGUAACGAUAGGAAAGGUUUUUUAGCCUCUUUAGAUUUACUCUCCGUUUACAUAACUUAUAUCCAGAUGACUUUCAGAAAUCUUCAUUUAGUGGAUAAUAAUUUCAAAAAAAUUCUGAAAAAGCUAAUUUCCACACUGUCUAAAUUUUCAAUAAAUGCAAACAUUUGGUUCAAUUCCACUCCCUUUAACGAAAGAGAGAGCAUUGUUGCGCAGGACGAAUCCAGGAAAAAUGAUCCGUUCCUACAAUCGGUUUUAAAAACUUUCCAAAACUUUCAUUUUCUGCAGCGUUUACUACACUUCAUCUCGGAACAUAAUGAGUUUACCAUACUGCCUCAAUUGUUUCCUCGUUUUUUCAAAGAUUCGUUUAAUACAAUCUCAUGGAAUAAUCCGUUUUUGCAGAAGAACUUCACUCAUCGUAUGUCUCAUGAUUUACCCAAGGAGAUGGUUAAAGCCGUUGCGGGCGCUUCAGGAAUAGUAGUGGAUAGUAUUAAUAAUAUGCCGGUGUCCAGACAGGACACUCCAUCUUCAUCUGCAUCUUCUUAUCACAUGAUAAGCGCUACUUCCCAAAGAAGGAGAAGAAGCACAGCUUUCUCUAAUGUAUCAAGAAGUUCCAGUGAAUCCGACACAAUAUGGUCUAAAAGGAGAAAACCGUACCCCAUAAAUGAGGAAACCUUAAAUCUAUUACAAUCCAGGAAAACGCAACUUGAUAUCAAAUUGAGUCAUAUGGUUCAAAGCGCUAACGACUACCUAAGUAAUACUGUUAAUUUCUCAAAAAUGUUGAACUUUGAAAUGAGUUUUAAGACCUAUAAGGAAGUUAGUGAAACGGUUCCUAUUAUUGAUAUUUUGGAGAACUUGGAUUUGACAAUUUUCAUAAACCUGAGAGAACUGGGUGACAAGGAGCGAGUCUUUGACGAAGACGUCGAUAUUGAUAAUGAAGAUAAAGAGUUUUUAAACCAUUCUUUAUCUUCACUAUCACACAUUUUAUCGGACUAUUUUGACAUGAAACAAUACUUUCAUGAUGUAGUAGUAAAAUUUAUAAUGGUCACUCAACAUUUGACUUUAGAGGAUCCGUUUGUGUUUCAUCCAAUGCAAAACGAUUUGCCCACUGGGUAUUACGAAUUAAUGACUUUUUCACCUCUAUCAAAAGAAACUAUUAAGAAUAGGAAGAAGAAACACGACCAAUUUGUUCAAGAAUUAGAGGAAAACGAUAACUAUCAACAAGACGAUGAUAAUGUUCUACUUUUCAACAACUUAAUCAACCAAGAUGAAGAUUCGAAUGACCUGAGAUUCUUCAAUCUUUUCCAUAUCUUCAAAAAUUGCUGCGACGAUUAUUCUGAUGUUCUUAAACUAGCCAUUGAAUCAGUAAAGCAAUUGAUUCUCGAAAGGGAAAAUUUGCUAAACUAUGCUGCUAGAAUGAUGAAAAAUGAUAUUACAGAGUUGUUGUUACAAGGUGAAGAUGAUGGAUAUGAAGCUUACAGUGAUAGGGGGGCUAAUGACAAGAACGAGGCUAACAUUGUUUACAUGGAUUCUAACACUAAAGGUGACGCUGAAUGGCAAAAAGGCCAAACCCUUCUACCGCGGUAUUUGCAACGUGAUUUUGAUAAUGAGUUGAUUUGGAGCUCAAAUAAUAGGAUCAAAGGAGGUACUAAAGAUGCAUUGGUCGCUUAUCUAACUAAUAAUGAAAAACGGGAUACUUGGUUCAAUAUCACAUUUUUGAUCACUUUUAGAAGCGUUUUCUCAACUACAGAGUUAUUUAGUCGUUUGAUCGCUCGAUAUAACUUGGUCCCGCCAGAAGAUUUAUGUUUUGAAGAAUAUAAUGAAUGGGUGACAAAAAAGUUGAUACCGGUGAAAUAUAGAGUUGUUGAAGUUAUGACAACUUUUCUCAGGCAGUAUUGGUUCGCGGGUUAUUAUGAGCCCGAACUUGCGAGUUUGAAUUUGAAUAAUUUUGCGCAACUAGCAGUAAAGGAGAAUGUGCCUGGGUCCAUGGAACUCUUGAAUGAAAUCAAUCGAAAAUUCAAAAGUGGCGAUAUGCAGGGAACUACUCCGCUUAAAGCGCCUGAUCCCCAGGUCCCACAUAAUAAUGUUUUGCUCCCUUCUUACUCUAUCGCGGAAUCCAUUUUGGCUGUUGAUCCGGUUGCAUUUGCCACUCAAUUGAGUAUACUAGAGCAUGAAAUAUAUUGUGAUAUAACCAUUUUUGAUUGCCUGCAGAAAAUUUGGAAAAACAAGUACUCGAAAUCUUACGAUUCUUCCCCGGGCUUAACUAGAUUUAUCAACUUUGCCAAUAAUUUGACAAAUUUUAUAUCAUAUUCUAUUGUAAAAGAAGACGAUAUAAACAAACGGGCUAAGCUGCUCUCCCAUUUUAUUUUCAUUGCAGAAUAUUGUAAAAAAUUUAAUAACUUUUCAUCAAUGACUGCAAUCAUUUCAGCAUUAUAUUCUUCACCCAUUUAUCGUCUAGAAAAAACGUGGCAGGUGGUGGCUUUGCAAACUAAGGACCUGCUACGCUCUCUGAAUACUUUAAUGGAUCCCAAGAAAAACUUCAUAAACUACAGGAAUGAGCUGAAAUCUUUACAUAGUGUACCAUGUGUACCAUUUUUCGGUGUUUAUCUAUCUGACUUAACUUUUACGGAUUCUGGUAAUCCGGAUUUUCUAGUCUUAGAACACCGUUUGAAAGGUAUUUAUGAAGAAAAGAAAUACGUUAAUUUCAACAAAAGGAUCAGACUUGUUGACAUCUUACAGGAGAUCAUAUAUUUCAAGAAAAUCCACUAUGACUUCGUUAAAGAUCAGACAAUAAUUGAAAGCAUACGCAACACACUAGAAGAAAUCCCUCACAUCGAGAAACAAUACCAAUUAUCAUUGAUCAUUGAACCAAAACCUAAAAACAAGGCCACUGCGAAUUCCGAUUCAAGAGGUAAAUCACAACAGAAGUUCGACGAAAACGACCCUGGCGAAGAAAAAGCACCCGCUAAGAAGGACAGAUUCUUAAAAUUUCAAUUGGGCAAAACAAGGAAGAAACCCACAAAGCUCUUCAAAUAG